AUGGCUCGUACCAAGCAAACCGCUCGCAAGUCUACCGGUGGAAAAGCACCAAGGAAGUCUAUUCUUCUCAAGAACGCUGUUUGUAAGAAAACGACUCCAACAACCGGAGGAGUGAAGAAGCCUCAUCGUUAUCGUCCUGGAACUGUUGCUCUUCGUGAAAUCCGCAAGUAUCAGAAGAGUACGGAACUCCUUAUCCGCAAAUUGCCAUUCCAGAGACUUGUUCGUGAAAUCGCUCAGGAUUUUAAGACUGACUUGAGGUUCCAGAGCCAUGCGGUGUUGGCACUUCAAGAGGCGGCGGAGGCGUACCUUGUGGGACUAUUUGAGGAUACAAACUUGUGUGCGAUUCACGCCAAGAGGGUUACCAUCAUGCCCAAAGAUGUUCAGUUGGCUCGUCGUAUCCGUGGGGAGCGUGCUUAG